AUGAGUACUUCUGGGCAACAGUCCCUGUUCUUCAUCAACCCUCCAAACCUACAAAAGCUUUGUGUUGUCAAGGUAGUACUAAGUAAUCAAGUGCCAGACACAGAGAUUAGAAGCACACAGAUGAAGAUGUGCAGGCAAUUGUUGUUUAUGCACCAAGAGCUUCUUACAUCACCUGUUCCUGGAAUAUUAAGUCAGAUUUGGGUAGUGAUGACGAUACAGUUUUACAAAUCAGAAAAACUUCAGGCCUACACAGAAAAACAUGGAGCUAAGAUGGUGACUCCUCAGAAAGUAGUUCCUGCCAUUCUUCAAACCUGUCUCUCCUAUUCAGUCACAGCCAGACUUUCUCCAUCAUGGAAUAAAGCUGGUCAUUUGCUAGUUCAAGGGAAAGAUUUUCUUUCUCAAAGAGGAAGGCAAAAUGCUAUUGUUUUGGACAUAAAUGUAUCAGAAAACCAACUCUGCAUCAGCAUAGAAGCUUGUACAGUUAGACUACCACCACCAAAGCUAAAUGACUUUGAAAUUUCUGAAAACAUAUUAAAGAAUUUUGAUGGUAACAAACAUGCCAUUAUUGAGGGGCACUCUAUUUUGAGCAACUGGUGCUAUGUCUUGCCAAGCAUGAAAAUGGGACAAAUAACAAGUAUUCUUCAUACUGUUCCCCCUGAUUGUCCUUUUCGGUCACGUGAAGAUUUUCAGAUACAUUGGGAUAGUCUGUAUGGAUAUAACCUCCCAGAGGAUUGUGGAGAGAUGGAAAUAUACUGCACUGUCUACUUCAAAUUGAUAGGAGAAAGGCUUUUCACGUAUCCUCUCAGUUGCAUUAGAAGUCAACCUGCACAGUUUUUUCCAAGGGUUGAUGUGGAAAGUGUAUUGAAAAGCUUUCUUACUGAUCUGAAAUCCAAACUCUCUCAUAUAUGUGGCUUUCCAAUAAAGAUGACGAGUAAGCCAUGCUACUACACUCAAGAAUUGACCAAACCUUCUUUACAGGGAAACGAAGUCAAGACUCCUAAUCUGACUGCCAAAAAAAUGUUUAGGGAUUCUCUGAUUCAGGUCCCUUCUGUGAAACCUACCUUGGUUCAGAGUCCAUUAUCAGCUACUAUGGCAUUUGACCACAAGAUGGAGCUUUUAGCCAAUCAGCCAAAGCCAAGUAUUUUCUCAAGUCUUAAUCUUCAGUCAGACUACGAGAAUGAAGGCACAUGUGGCAAGGAGUCACAGCUACCUUUUGAAGCAUCCGGGCGCAAAACCAGGAGCAUUCAAGUUCAAGAUUUAAUUCCUGAUUACCAAAAUAAAAGUACCACUAAAAUCAUACCAAUUUUUAAAGGCAGACUGAUGCAGAUGAAUGAAAAUAUCUCAAAGUCUGUUAACCAGAAGAAAAAACAGCAUAUUGGUACAGAAUCAAAGAUACUAGCAAGUAAAUCUCGUGUGACCCAAGUUAACAAAUUGAAUUUGGGCCAAUGUGAGAAAAAAAGAACUAAAAAUAAUGUAUCUGCAACACAUACUGGAAAUAUAAAUCCAAGGACUUUUAUACCUCCACAAAACCUAUAUACAAAGUCAAAUUUUUAUCUGCCUAAAUGCACAUCAUCAAAUGUGACUUUAAGUGGACACAAGCCCCAGUUUUUUGAUGAUUCAGUAUUUCAUUUAUUGGAUAAAAAUUCACGUAUAAUUAGAAAUGUCACAAACAUCCAAAAGAAAGAAAAUCUAGCAAGUCAGCAUCCUAUACAAGUUUUGGGGAAUGACCAUGAGUUACUACAAAGGAAAAGACAAUUCCACAUUUUUGAUUCAGACACAGAGACAGAGGAUUCCCAGAUACCACAACAACAAUCGAUGAAUCCAGCUAAAGAGGUAGAUUUAAAUAUUUGCCGAUUAGUGUCAAACAGAACAGCUUCUAGGUCAAAGAGGAAAUUUCACCAAAAAUCUUCAGAAACUUUAAAAGACAGCAUUACUGCCAUUCAUCAUGGACUGUUCAGCUCUUCAGUUGAUCAGGGGAAAGGAUUAGGUAAAUCAAAGCCUAAGAAAUCCCAGAUUAUUCCAAACAUUUAGAACAUGGACCUGGAAGAGCAUCAAAAUACCCACCAGCCUUAUUUCACGCUACCUAUGCUGCUGUCCUGCCAAACUGAAUAUUCACUGCCUGCUAGAUAUUCA